AUGGUACGGCACAUGUUCCUGCCCUUCUACUCCAAGGAGAGAGGCCCUCCGCGGAUUCGUAUGCAAGUCAUGGGCGUGAAAGGCAAGCGCUUCUACAAAAUCGUCGCCGCGAACCAGCGCGACCCGCGCGACGGGAAGCACAUGGAGGUGUUGGGCAGCUACGUUCCUUGCACGCCGUCGGGCGUGGAGGAGCUGCGGCUGCGGUUCUCCCGCAUCAAGUUCUGGCUCGCGGCGGGCGCCGCCUUCAACCCCAAGAUGGCGAGUCUCCUGGGCAACGCGGGCCUCGUUCCCGUCCCACCUCCCAUGUUCGGCUGGCGGACCAAGGCGCGGUAUUCUCUCCUCGAGAGCGUCAUGCAGCAGCAAGAGAAAAUGAGAGAAAAGCAGCUGCGGGAGUACUUCAAGGUCGCCGAGCCAGUGGUUUACCAGCGCGCGGCCGACGCCGAGGACGGAGAAGAGGACGCAGGCGAGAAGGGGGCCGCUGCAGAGAAGGAGCGCGUGCGGAAGAUUCUGCGAUGA